UACUGGUCCCUCUCCUCCGCUCACUCAAGAACCCCCACCACGCCACUGUAACCAUGUCGAUGGCCUUAUCUUAUCAGCCUCCUCCUCCUAGCCUCAGCUGCAAAACCUCCUCUUCAACCUCCGCAGCCCCUGCACUCGUUCACUCCCACUUCCCCACCAAGUCCAUCGCUCGCUUUUUGCAGAACAACCAUGACAACCUCUCAUCCCCCAACUCCUUGUCUCCUGAGAAAUGGAGAGCCCAGGUGUCCUUCUUUCCUGCCUUCUUGAGCAAACGCAAAGACGUCGCGACCCUCAAGGAGGAGCUGCUUGAAGCGAUUGCUCCCCUCGAUCGUGGCGCUGAGGCCACCCCUGAGGAUCAGCAAAGAGUCGAUCAGAUUGCUCGGAAGCUCGAAGCCGUUAAUCCAACCAAGGAACCUCUGAAAUCUACUUUACUUAAUGGCAAGUGGGAGCUCAUAUAUACCACUUCAAAAUCAAUUCUACAAACUCAGAGACCCAAAUUCCUGAGAUCAAUCACAAACUACCAAGGAAUCAACGUCGAUACACUGAGGGCACAGAACAUGGAAACAUGGCCAUUUUUCAAUCAGGUUACAGCAGACCUAACUCCUCUGAAUUCAAGAAAAGUUGCUGUCAAAUUUGACUUUUUCAAGAUUGCUGGUUUGAUUCCUAUUAAGGCCCCUGGAAGAGCCCGUGGCGAACUAGAAAUAACUUAUUUGGACGAAGAACUGCGAAUAUCCAGAGGCGACAAGGGGAAUCUCUUCAUAUUAAAAAUGGUGGAUCCAUCUUACAGGGUCCCUGUUUAACAUGAAGCCAAGUGCAGAGGACAGGAUCUCACGAAAUGAAAUGGGGUCAUCUGGCGAUGAAGACAAUUGGCUUCUGUAAGUUGUACAGCUCAGACAUACCGAAGGCGACUUCCCUCCGGUUUUGGUGUGCAUUCGUCAUGGCGAGAUGACAACGUCGAUACUUGCGACUAUCGAGAUGAAUUAAGGCAGCAGAAAAUAAUAAUUCUCGAAGUACAUUUAGCACCGUGUAAAAUCGCUUCUGUUACAUAACUAUGCGGUGCUUGACGCGUGAUGAAUGUGUAAAUUACAGUGCCAAGCAGUUGCCCUGGAUUAAUGUACUGAGAUUAUAGUGUCCUCCCGGGAGGAGAAGAUCAUGUCCAAUGCGAUAAGAAAGCAAUUCAAAGUAGCUACAUCUUUGAAUUCUAGUCGUUAGACAAACGCA